GUCAGAAUUUUUAACCAUCUCCUCUUGAGGAAAUUCUCCAACUUGAGUUUUUUUAAAAAUAUUCAAAUAUCUUACAUAUUAUUUGUUUAAAAACUGUAAAUAUAAAAGUUUAUAACUCAAGAUAUCAAUAAAAACUCAAGAUGAGCACAAUUAUUGAUAAAAUCACGCAAAUUGAAGCUGAAAUGGCACGAACACAGAAGAACAAAGCUACUGCGGGCCAUUUAGGAUUGCUUAAAGCAAAAUUAGCAAAACUGAGGCGAGAGUUAAUUACUCCUAAAGGUGGUAGUGGAGGCACUGGCGAAGCUGGUUUUGAGGUCGCAAAAACUGGAGAUGCUCGUGUAGGAUUCGUUGGUUUCCCAUCUGUUGGAAAAUCGACUCUCCUUUCAAAUCUUGCUGGCGUUUAUUCAGAAGUUGCUGCUUAUGAGUUCACAACGUUAACAACUGUCCCUGGAUGCAUCAAAUAUAAAGGAGCAAAAAUUCAACUUUUAGAUUUGCCUGGAAUUAUUGAAGGUGCAAAAGAUGGAAAAGGUCGUGGUCGUCAAGUUAUUGCUGUUGCUCGAACUUGCAACUUGAUUUUCAUGGUUCUUGACGUAUUAAAACCACUUCAUCAUAAGAAACUUCUUGAACAUGAAUUGGAAGGUUUCGGUUUGCGUCUCAACAAACAACCGCCAAAUAUUUACUUCAGAAAGAAGGAUAAAGGAGGCGUGAAUCUAAACAUGACAGUCACACAAACUGAACUCGAUCUUGACACUGUUAAAACGAUUUUGAGCGAAUAUAAGAUUCAUAAUGCUGAUAUAACACUUAAAUAUGACGCGACAGCUGAUGACUUAAUCGAUGUUGUUGAGGGUAAUCGCAUCUAUAUUCCGUGCAUUUAUUUACUAAACAAAAUCGAUCAAAUAAGCAUCGAAGAGUUGGACGUUAUUUACAAAAUCCCUCAUUGCGUACCUAUCUCAGCUCAUCAUCAUUGGAACUUUGAUGAUCUUCUUGAAAUGAUGUGGGAGUAUUUGCAGCUUGUGAGAAUCUACACAAAGCCUAAAGGACAACUUCCUGAUUACAGUUCACCAGUUGUUUUAACCGCUGGUCGCACAACGGUUGAAGACUUUUGUAACAAACUUCAUCGUUCAAUUGCUCGAGAAUUUAAAACAGCCUUCGUUUGGGGAUCAAGUGUUAAACAUCAACCACAGAAAGUUGGAAUUGAGCAUGUCUUAAAUGACGAAGAUGUGGUGCAAAUUGUAAAAAAAGUUUAAGAUGUUUUAAUGUUAACUUUUCUUAUCUCUUUUUUACAAUAAAAAAUGAACUCAAACUUCUGAAUUUGAAUAUUUGACUUUGGGUUUAUCUAAAUAUCUAAAUAUUUAAUGGUCACAUGAUAAAGUAGAGCAGACGAAUCUCACGGCACUUGACGUGGUGACCUACUUAGGAUAAACGUCAGUUUAAAACAACAAAUUUUCUGUAAUAAAAUUCUGAGCUUCCAAA